AUGCCUGUCAACGCCCGCAUAGGGCUUAAAGGCGAUAUAGCAGAUCCAGCUGGAAAUGUGCUCUACAGAGAUGAGUUCUGUAUUAAUGUUGGCUGGGUUUCACAAGGAGAAAAGAUUUGGUAUCCUGCUGAGUUUCUCAAGAUUUGGGACUGGCAGGUUGUUCGUAGCAAAGAUCCAAAUUUGAGACAAGUCAUGGUGAAAACAGCAAUGAGGAACUUCGGUCUCAAGGUUGAAAGGAAACCUACUGUUGUAAGACAACAACCUCAAGUAGAGUUCGGUAACAAAAAUAUCAUCACGCUUGGAGCCAACGAACUUUCAGAUAAUCACGCCUCUUAG